GGCAAGUCGGACGGGGAUGCGCUUGGCUGGGGCCGCCGCUACCGCCAGCUUGUUCUCCGCAGUUGCCGCCGCCGCCGCCGCCGCCGCGCCAGGCCGAACCCAGCUCCAGACCCCGGUGGUGGGGCCAUGGUGGCUGCUGCUCCCGCUGCAACCGCGGCCAUGAGGAAGAGCUUCCUGGUGCCCGAGAUCAAGCCCUUGGAUCAGUAUGAUUUCCCUCGGGCGCGCAGUGCUGCCAGCCUGGCCUGGGUGCUCGCCAAGGGCUACGGGGGUGCAGAGCACGUCCCUGCUGAGCUGCGGGAGCCCUUCUACACGGACCAGUAUGAACAGGAGCACAUGAAGCCUCCCCUAAUCCGCCUGCUGCUCUCCUCGGACAUCUACUGCCGUGCCUGGCGUCAGGCCCUGCCCCCGGGCCCAGAUGGUGCUCCUCCCCCCAAGGAGAAUGCGGCCUUGCUGCAGCUCCUGGCCCAUCGGGGCCUGGUGCCCACCUUCCAGGAGAAGCCCGUCAAGGAGGCCGACCUGCACCACAAACCCAUCCGGCUGGGUGCUCACUUGGCACUGAUUGACUCGCUGAUGAUAGCAUUCGCAUUGGAAGCCACCCGCUCAUGGAGCGCUGUGCCCGGUGCUGAUCCAGCUGCCAUCUCCUGGGACCAGAAACUUCUGCACUGGAUAGACAUGAUCAUCCACAAGAUCCAGCAGAACACAGAGCAGGAAUGUUCUCAGCGCUCUGCUCCUGGCACAGACGGCCAGACGGCGGCCUCCAACAGUGGUCCCAAGUGUCCCACAAGGUGGUACUGGAAACUGGUUCCUCAUGCCAUCGCUUUUUGUUUGAAGGAGUCGGGGAAUAAGCCUCCUGUGAUCCGCUACCGGAAGGACAAGGCACUGCCCAAACAGACUCCCUGUUUCCCUGCCAUCACAGGCCUGAAGGAUCUUGCCAGCGGGGCCGCCAUUGCUGCCACCAUCCACUACUACUGCCCCCAAGUUGUACGCCUCGAGGAUGUGUGCCUGAAGGAGACGAUGUCUGUGGCAGACAGCCUGUAUAACCUGCAGCUCAUCCAGGGCUUCUGCUCCGACUACCUGGGUCGCUCCUGCUUCCUCUCGCUGGAGGACCUGCUGUACAUGCCCCCAACGCUGAGGAUCAAUGUCGGUGUGUUCCUGGCCGAGUUGUUCCUGUGCUUUGAGGUGCUGAAGCCAGACUUCGUGUGCCCGAAGGAGCCGCCCAGACUUCAAGAUGCCCCUGGGUUGAGUGACGCUUUGACACCCAAUAGUGGGAACAACAACAGCAGCUCCCCAGUGUUCAACUUUCGCCACCCACUGCUACCUGGAGGGCAGGCGCAGUCCCCCCUCUGUGGUUCCUUAGGCUCCUUGCAUCAUUCCACAUCCAUGUCCCACGUAGAAGGCUUUGGGAAAGCGUGGAGCAAGAAGCAGCUCAGCCACCCGCUGUCCCAGGCUGUCUCCUUCAGCAUCCCCUUUGGCCUGGACAGCGAUGUGGACAUUGUGAUGGGCAACCCGGUAGGCAUCCUCCGCUCAGUCAGUUCGGACAGCCUGGCACCUGCCCUGUAUCCCACCCUGCCCCGCUCCCCCUGCCCGCGGACCAGUGAGGCGGCUGAGGCCCCCAAUGGGUCGGUGGGGCCGUCGCUGCACGGGGCAGGGCACAAGAGCCAGGAGGGGCUGGCCCUGGAGAACGGGCUGAGUGACGGCUACUCUGACCUGCCCACCAUUGAGGAGGCCCUGCAGAUCAUCCACAGCAGUGAGCGGCUGCUUCCCGAGGGUGCCCCGGAUGGCUUCUACUUGCACUCGCCCGACCCGCCAAAAGCUGCUGUGCCGGAGAAGGCCCCUGCGCCCAUCGUGUACCGCUGCCACAAUGGGCCACCCAACGGCGCGGAACCAGCCCAGGAGGGCAGCCUGGACUCUGAUGUGGAGGAGCCCCCGCGGCCUGCGGGGGCCCCAGAUGACUCGACCUCAUGCGUGAGCUCGCUGAGCUCGCAGCCCGACAGCACGGCGUCCUCGGCCUCCGGUGUGCGCAUGACAAGCUUUGCGGAGCGCAAGAAGAAGCUGGCGGCGGUGGAGAGCAAGUCCAGUGGCAUCAGCUCAGAGGGGUCCGAGGCGGGGCCUGUGCCGCCCGAGGAAAGCCCUGCCCAGAGCCCGGCCCUCAGCUCGGAGAUGAGCCAGCUGGGGGCCCGGCUGGAGGAGAAGCGCCGCGCCAUCGAGGCCCAGAAGAAGCGCAUCGAGGCCAUCUUCACACGCCACCGCCAGCGGUUGGGCAAGAGCGCCUUCCUGCAGCUGCAGAAGGCGCCCGAUGCCCAGGGGCAGACGGAGGAUGGCCGCCUGGCCCUGGAGGAGCGCCUUGCCCAGCUGGAGGCCGAGGAGGAGGGUGGCAGCCCUCGCACCCGCCUGGAGAACAACAAGCAGGUGACCUUCUCCCCGGAGAUCACCAAGGCGGGAGGGCUUGACGAGAACCUGGGCGACUACAACAGAGCGGUGGCCAAGCUGAACACGGCCCUGAGUUCGCUGCAGCUGGACAUGCAGCGCCUGAGCGAGCAGCAGCAGCGCCUCAUGCAGGAGAAGAAGCCCAGUGCCCAAGCCUGGGUGAUCCCAGCCCCACGGACCGGCCGCGAGGGGGCUCCCCCCCGCUCAUCCCUGGAGCUCUCCUCGCCCUCGCCCUCGCCGUCGCCCUCCCGCAAGUCUCGCUCUCCACAGCCAACUCCCAAGAAGUCCCCGGCCCCUGCUCCUCCCAAGAGCCCCAAGCACGCCCGGCCAGUGGAGCUCAAACUGCCGACCCUCACGCGGGUCCUGACGCCUCCCCACAAUGUGGACACCCUCCCGCACCUCCGCAAGUUCUCCCCCAGCCAGGUGACUGUGCAGACCCGCUCCUCCCUGCAUUUUGCCGAGGAUGAGGAGCUGCCCGUGCCAGAGGCAGAGGCCCAGAGCAACUUGAGGCCCGUGGCCUCGGUGCCCCCGCAGGGGGGCAACGGACGCGUUUCCGGUGACGGCACCAGUGAUGUUUCCUCUCCCAGUGACCGGCGCAGCAGUCUGAUAGAAAUCCCUCUGUCCAGCCUGAAGGGGGAGGAGGAGGAGGAGAUAGACGGGGAUGACUCGCUGGAGGAAUCCAUUGCGGAGACGCUGGAUUCUGAGCCCCGUUCUGGGCUGGGCUUCUUUUUCAAGGAUGAGGAGAAAGCUGAGGAGGAGAUGGCGCAGAAGCGUGCCAGCCUCCUGGAGAGGCAGCAGCGGCGCAGCGAGGAGGCCCGGCGCAGGAAGCAGUGGCAGGAAGCAGAGAAGGAGCAGAGGAAGGAGGAGAGCAGGCAGCAGACGGAUGAGCGGACCCGGCAGGAGGAUGAAGUGGGGCCGAGGCGUGGGGACUUCACACGCCAGGAGUACCAGCGGCGGCAGCAGCUCAAGUUGAUGGAAGACCUAGACAAGGUGCUGCGCCAGAAGCCCACCACGGUGCGAGCCCUGAAGAAGGGGAGGCCCAAGACGGUCUUCUGCGACGAUUCUGCCCUUGCGCGCAGCCCUGUUAAAGGUCUCCUUGGCUCCAAGCUCAGCAAGGUGUACUCUCAAUCCACUCUCUCACUUUCGACGGUGGCCAACGAUCCUGGCAACUCGCUUUCCAUCAAGAGAUCUUCGCGAGCUGCUUCUCCUUCCGGGCCCAUGUCCCCCAGCAGGUUGCUGCCAAACCAGAGCCGGGAGCGUGAUUGGGAGAAUGCCUCCACUGCCUCCUCGCCUGCUUCCAUUCCAGAAUACACUGGACCCAAGCUGUACAAGGAGCCCAGUGCCAAGUCCAAUAAGUACAUUAUUCACAAUGCACUAUCUCACUGUUGCCUGGCUGGCAAAGUCAAUGAGCCCCAGAAGAACCGCAUCUUGGAAGAAAUUGAGAAGAGCAAAGCGAAUCACUUCCUCAUUCUGUUCCGUGAUUCGAGUUGCCAGUUCCGGGCACUCUACACGCUGUCUGCGGAGACGGAUGAACUGACGCGUUUAGCUGGCUAUGGGCCUCGCACCAUCACUUUGGCCAUGAUCGAAGGCAUCUACAAGUACAGCUCUGACCGCAAGCGCUUCACUCAGAUCCCUAGCAAGACCAUGUCCAUGAGUGUGGAUGCCUUCACCAUUCAAGGCCACCUUUGGCAGACCAAGAAGCCGGGCACCCCUAAGAAGCCGGGCACCCCAAAAUAGCUGGGACUGGCAGAACUGUGUCUGCUCUCUCCUUUCUGCCAGGACUUUGAGAUGCUGUUAGGUUGCCAGCCCAGCCUAGAUCUGUGGGGCCUUACAGACGGCCUUCUGAGAUGGGUGGCUCAAGUAGACAGGGCUGUUAGGUCCUGGAACAGCACUACCUCUGGCUGGAUCAGAGCCACCUGCAAAUCCUGCACAUAGUUCUUGUGCCUGAUCUGAAGAUGAGACUGCUGUUGG